GGAGCUUUUCAUGGGAGCUGGGAACCAGAGAGACUGAGAGAGAGAGAGAGAGAAAGGAGUGGAGGAGAGAAGAGAGGAGCUCAGGUUGCACAUAGCAGACAAAAGACACUGAGACACCUGGUCUAAGCAGAGAGAGAGAGAGAAAGAGAGAGUUGGGAAGCUUACAGCACCUGAGAAGGUUGAGACGCUGAGAGCUGGACAGCGAUUACUUCACUCAGCGAAAGAGAGUGGAUGAAAGUGAUACGAGAAGUACAUGAAAGAAAAAUACCAAGUGAAGGAGGAUAACUUGACGUUGUUCCUGAGAGGUUGUGAGGAGCUGGGACUAAAGGGCUCUCAGUUGUUUGACCCUGGUGACCUUCAAGACACAUCCACCCGCACCAACCACAAAGGCUUCGAAAGCAGUAGGAAACUAAAGAAUGUUCUGAUCACGAUUUAUUGGCUGGGCCGGGCUGCCAACAGCUGUGCGACCUACAGUGGGCCCACACUGGACCUGAGGGAGUUUGAGGGGCUGCUGUCACAGAUGCGCAAGGAGGCUGAAGAUUGGGACAGCCCUAAACGUAGUAUCAGGGACAGUGGCUAUAUUGACUGUUGGGAAUCAGAGCGGAGCGACUCACUUUCUCCACCGCGACACGGCCGCGACGACUCCUUCGACAGCCUGGACUCGCUCGGAUCCCGCUCCCGCCACACCCCUUCACCAGACGUCCUGGUCGCCCGCGGCAACAGUGAUGGCCGCGGUAGCGACUCAGAGUCGGACGUCCCCCACAGAAGGAUACCGGAUGUGCGAAAGGAUGACAUGUUGGCACGCCGAACCUCAUGCAGCGAGCCCCGCACAGCCAUGCCUUUCAACCAGUUCCUACCCAACAAGAGCAACCAGACAGCCUACAUGCCCACACCGCUACGCCGCAAGAGAACCGAGAGAGAAGACAGCCGCAAGAGCUGGAGCAACGCCUCCUCACCUAUAGGAGGAGAGAGGCCGUUCAGAUUCAGCCACAGAGCUAGUAUGUGUGAUUACUCUGAGAGUGUGAGUAUGAGUGAUGUGCGUUAUGAGGAAGACUCCACAUUGCCACCACACAGUCAGGUCCGACAUGAGCUUAUGCACAACCAGUACAUCAGAAUGAAGGAGGAAGAGGACCACUGGCAGGACGACCUGGCGCGGUGGAAGAGUCGUAGGAGGAGUAUGUCCCAGGACCUGAUCAAGAAAGAGGAGGAGAGGAAGAUGAUGGAGAGACUCAUGACUGGAGAUGGAGGAGGAGGUUCCCAAAGAAGGAAGAGCAUCAAAACCUACCGUGAAAUUGUUGAGGAGAAAGAGCGACGGGAGAGAGAGUUACACGAAGCUUACAGGAGAGCUCGGACGCCCGAGGAGGCGGCCUCCAUACUGCACCGCUACGCUCAACGCUUCACCAUCAGUGAGGCUGUCCUAGAGUGCCUCAAACUCCCUAAACUACUGGAGCGGAGCGUGUCCGCUGACCCCACCGCCACCUCCUCCGCCCACUUCUCCUCAGAAGCCCCGUUGUCACCCACCUCCUCCAAUCCCAUGCAGUACCUACGGCAGCAGUCGCUCCCCGUCCCCAAAUUCACCUCCACCAUGGAAGCGCGUGUGUCGGGGUUCAUCGAGGAGAGGAUAGAAACCAGGUCUCCGGACAGCCCUCCUGCACGUGGUCUCUCUCCCAAAACCGCGCCCUUACUGAGCCCCAAACCCUACAGCCAGAGCAGGACCACCAGCACGUGCCUGAGCACUGCUAAGGUGGAAGACACACUGCGAGUGAAUGGAGAGACAGGGAAUGACAUUAACAGCAAUGAGGUAGAGUUGAAGAGAGAGAAAGAAAGAGAGAGCGAAGCAGAUUCCUCUGAUUUGUGUUUUUUCCCAUCUCCAUCUCGGCCUUCGGAUUCUGAGACCACAGACACGCCUGAGCGUGAAGCUUCUCCCUCAGACACACACACUCCUGAGUGUUGGAUGAGGUUGUCUGAGGUGAAGGAGGUGAUGGCAAGAUCUGAUAAAGCAGAGUCAGAGUACCAGUCCCCAGCUCCAGUGUCAGACAGUCAGAGAGAGAGCACCCAACAGAGACAGUCAGCCAGCCUCCCCGCAGCACUGCCCCAGGAGCUGCAGAGUGAGGGAGAGGCAGUGCCACAGGAGGAGGGGCAAGUAACAAAGGGGGCUUCGGACCACACCCCUCCAACAGGGCACAGUCAGCCUCCUGUUGGCCAGGCUGAGACUUCCUCUUCAGUAAUUCAGAAUGCCAACACCCUUACACAGGACGACGUCUCUGCCACACAGAUCAGUACGUUGGGCCUGGAAACUUCAAAGAAAGCAGUGGGUGACCAGAACAUUGAAGAAUCGCCCAGAACAGAACCAGGUAGUGGACCAUCUUCGACAGAGGGAGGACAGAAAGAACAUGAAAAUGUCUCCCCCGCCGUGUUAAAUCUGCUCAAACGGGGUGAGCCCUUUGCUUGGGACCCUGAGGAGGAGCGCAAGCGUCAGGAAAGGUGGCAGCACGAGCAGGAGCGCAUGCUUCAGGAGAAAUACCAACGUGAACAGGAGAAGCUGAAGCAGGAGUGGGAGAGAGCUCAGAGAGAGGUGGAAGAAGAGGAAAGGAGGUAUCAUGAGGAGGAGAGAAAGAUUUUGGAGGAGACAGUGGCUCCACUGACUCCCCACUCCCCCAUACCCCUUUCCCCCCACCAGGCGGCCACAGCACCCUCCACAAGCACUCCAAACACACACCCAGAGAGCACCACAGUACCCUCCCUCACUGACUGGGAACACAAGCAGGAGGUGCUGGAGAAACAGACGAUGGGGAACUCAAAGGAUUUGAGACAAAGGGAAAACAACAGAAAUGAAGCCACUGAAAUGAAAAAUAAAAACUUACAGACAAAAGCAAGCACUCCACUCCUGGGUUCCAGCCAGAAAGGAGGCAUCAGUGCCGGUCAGUCUAAUGGACAGAAAGGUCCAGAGGAGCCAAACCAGAACAGCAGGCCUGCCCCAUACCCCAGCCAUGAUGUGUUAUGGGGCAGUAAUCAGCAGCAGUCAGAGGCUUUGAAGAAGACUGCCUCCCUUGACUGCAACAGAAACCCACAACUGACACCAACUGCUGGACAGCAAAGGAGAAGGUCUGGCUCUGUUGAGAAUGUUGGGCCAAAAUCAUUAAAAUCAUCCUCAUACUCAUCAGACACGCAACCUCCAUCACCAAACAGGUCUGUCAGUGGGAAGAAGCUGUGUUCCAGUUGUGGUCAUCCUCUGGGUAAAGGGGCAGCCAUGAUCAUUGAGACACUCAGCCUUUAUUUCCACAUCCAGUGCUUCAAGUGUGGGAUCUGUAAGGGACAGCUGGGUGACACCACUACAGGGACAGAUGUGAGGAUUCGUAAUGGCCUGCUCAACUGUCACCAAUGUUACAUCCGCUCACGCUCUGCAGGUCAGCCCACCACCUUGUGAUGCGAUGAGUGAUUUGGCAUCCAUCAGGACACCUUCACAGUCUCUCCCUCCACCAGCAUGUUCAGAUUAUCCCAGUCAUGUGGAAGAGUCACACUGAGACCAAAAUAGACUUGGUGGGGACCACUUGCAAUACUUUAGAGUGGAGAGAAGUGUGCCCACACCACAACCGCCACCAUCCCACUGAGAGUUAGAUGAAUGUGUUCAAAUCCAGUAGCUCAUAAUUGCAGGUUUAAAUAAUCCUUUAGAUCCCACUAGAGAUCAUCUGUCUGUAACUGUCCAAUAAGCCUUUGCUGCCUGUACUGUCAGUAUGACCGCCAUUUUCUCAACACUAACCAA